GGGCCGGGGGGGCGGGCCGGGCGCCGGCCGGGCGGCGGCAGGGAGCGGCGGGCAGGCCGGGCAUGGCGUCCAUGGCGGCGGCGAUCGCGGCCUCGCGCUCGGCCGUCAUGAGCGGGAACCGGCCUCUGGACGACCGGGAACGGAAGCGCUUCACCUACUUCUCGUCGCUGAGCCCCAUGGCCAGGAAGAUCAUGCAGGACAAGGAGAAGAUCCGAGAGAAGUACGGGCCCGAGUGGGCGCGGCUGCCGCCCGCGCAGCAGGACGAGAUCAUCGACCGGUGCCUGGUGGGGCCGAGCGCCCCGGCGGCCCGCGACCCCGGGGACCCCGAGGAGGUCACGCGCUUCCCCGGACUGCGCGGGCCCACGGGCCAGAAGGUGGUGCGCUUCGGGGACGAGGAUAUAACUUGGCAAGAUGAGCACUCUGCCCCUUUCUCCUGGGAAACGAGGAGUCAGAUGGAGUUCAGCAUCUCCUCCUUAUCCAUCCAAGAGCCGAGCUGCAGCACUGCCAGCGAGCCCAGGCCGCUGUCCAAAGCUCCUCAGGGCUCGCAGGCCUUCCGACCCUCCCAGGGCAGCAAGUCCUCCAGCCUGGAUGCUCUGGGUCCUGCCUGGAAGGAAGAGGAAGCAUCCUUCUGGAAGAUCAAUGCAGAGCGGUCCCGGGGGGAGGGCCCUGAGGCCGAGUUCCAGUCGCUGACCCCCAGCCAGAUCAAGUCUAUCGAGAAAGGGGAGAAGGUCUUGCCUACUUCUUACCGGCAGGAGCCCGCCCCGAAGGCCAGGGAGGCCAAGGCGGAAAAGUCCAGCAGCGUCCGCCAGGAGCAGCGGGUCCUUCCCGGCAUCAGCUUGGAGCGAGAGAGACCCCAGCCCACCCAGACCUGCAGCAGCCCUCUGGGCGAAGCCGCCCCCUCCGAGCCUGUGGGGAAGCCUUCCUCUCCCGAGGCUGUUGAGGACAUGGAAGACCCUCUGUUCUCGGAACCUGUGCCUGUACAGGUCAGCCCAAGUAAUGUCAUCUUGAAGACAGGAUUUGAUUUUCUGGACAAUUGGUAAAAUGAAUUAGGCAAAACAAACAAACCGAGAAUCCCAAAAUGUUUUCCAAAGUGGUGGGAUGAAGGAGGAGAAAAAAGGGCAGUGUUCCCCUGUGUCUUUUCCUAGUCUUCUGUACACUCUUUUCUGAAUCAUUUGGAAACUGGUAAAUAUUGCCUUGUCCAGCUUUCCAGACUUUUCCCUUUUUGGUAAGACCAGAUAUCUGUGCUAUUUUCAACGAUUUGAUAACAGAAGUUUUACAUUUGGAAUUUUUAAAAACUCUUAGGAAUUCAGUAAACGUUGUAAAUACAAGUUCUGUUCUAGCUCCACCCAAUGUCCCCCUCCUCAGAGAGAGUUUUCUCAACCAUGUCACAAAAAUCAGUUAUGUGCACCUCCUCUCCUGUGUCCCCUCCCUUUGAAAAAUGCACGGGGUUCCUUUCGAUGGGUGGCUGUAGACGACUCCUCAGCAAUAACGGCGCUGGCGCUGGCUGUGACCAUGGGGAGACCUGCCCCACGGGUGCUCCCCCCGACGCUCCAGCCAGCCAGGCUUCCCUUGCUGAAGCCGCACUUUUGCAUCACGUGCCACCCUGCCCUCUCACGUCAUUUCCAGGAAACGGAUUGUUGGCACAUGGUGGUGGUCGUCUUUAAGCUGCCGUGAUACGUAUUCAAACUAUUCAUCAUUGUUUAAUGAGUUGCAUGUUUAAAAGUUUUGUAUUAACGUUACAUUAUUUUGUAUCUAGAUGUAGCAGUUGUAGGGCUGCCGCGUUUCUCGGGUUUGUACCGGUUUCCCUUUGGAAGUUCUUUGCUCCUUCUGUGGCCUGCUGGGUGUUUUCCUGUCCUGGGCAUCUGCAGAGUCAGGGCAGGUGGCAGGUGUUGCUGGCAGACCAGGCUCUUCUGGUUAGUUGUGUUAGAACCUUCCAGCGUGAAGCUGGCAGGGCCACUGGAGAUCCUUCAACCCAAGGACUAGUCAAGCUGCGUCACGAUGGACGCCCCCCUCAACCCUGACCACCAGCAGACGUGGAGUCAAGUUUCUGCAUGGCCCAAGCAGCGCCCCCUGGAGACCUUUGUGGUCAUGGCAACAGCAUCUCCUGGAGGCGGACUCACUGCGCACUUGACUUGUGGUCCCUGCUGCCGGGGAAGGGGGGGGUUAGGGCAGCUCUGAGGCUGCGCAGGAGGACAUGGUGGCCCCCAUCCCAGAUGGGGUGGGGUAGGGCGGGAGGGGAGCCCCUGCCCAGUGGCCCUGAGUGGUGUGAGCCUGCAGUACGUGCCCAGGCGUGGUCUCCACAUUGCCUCUCACUGUGUUCUCCUCACCUGACGCCUUAAUCCCUGCGAGUCCUGCCAGUGAGGACCUGGUUUCAAUAUCAAAGUGUGUCUUUUUAAAAUGCCUGUUUCAUAGGACCUUCUGAAAUGAUUUUUAGGAUAUUUUAUCUGGCUCCAAGGUAAAGCACAUGGCAACUUGUUUGUUUUCCAGGAACGUUUCUGCCAAAGCUGUGGCCUAGCCAACUUUUGGUUUGGUUUCUGCCAAUUGCAUUAUAUCCUUAAACCUCAUUCGGUCCCUUGGGGUCUUGGAUUUGACCUUCCACCUUUGGUGACUGACUGUAUUGUGGUGAAUACAUGUUCUUUCUGUACUGUUUAAGUAUAGUUGAAAUAUUCAAGGGGGAAAAAGAUUCCUAGCAUGGUGAUGAGGGGAAAACGAAAUCCCAGCUGGAAUUGCACGGCCGGGCGCCAGCCCCACAGGUCAGCCGCUGAGCCUUAGAGCCGGGCAUGGCACCUGCCUCCACUUCCAGCUUUGAGGGCAGUGGACUGUCUUAGAACCCAUGCUUGAAAGCAGGGUCCCCUUAAGAAAAAAGGAUGUCCAGACGUGAGUUUGCAUUCCUUGUGUUGGUGUAGCAGGGAAGAAAGAUCUCCGUCCUGGGACAGUUAGCCCAAGGUGAGCUGUCUGUUCUUUUGGGAGAUGACUGAUUUCUUUUCCACUUUCUCAUAAAGCCCAGUAUUCCCUUCAAGGUCUCCUGGGAGCUGAGGGGGCACGGGGAUUACUGAGAGCUUCUACCUCCCUUAACACCAUCUGGGGUCCAGUAGCCAGUGGUAUUCAGUUAUCUGUGUCUAAAGUUUCAUAAAGGUACAGCCUCUGAGAUUAAAUGUAAAAUCACAACUUGGGAAAUCCUAGAGGGGGUUUUAAAGUUGUGUUGCUUUGCUUUGCUUUCGGCGUAGUGAAGUGUGAGAGAGAGAGGUGAAGGCCUGGAGGACACGUACUUGUGGGUCUCCGUCCUGCCUGAACUGCAGAUUCUCCUCUUAACCCUGGGAAGUCUAUGCGAAGCUGAUUCCUUUCACUGGCCUCCUGGGAACCUCUGUUUGGUGGGUCCAAGGAAGGGAAAAAUCAAACUCAUAUGUUUGCCACAUUUUUUGCCAUCUAUCAAGAUGGUGUUUCUAAAACGAGAAGUUUAUAUUUAUUGUUUUAAAAAUGCACACUUUUCAGUUGAAGCCUAAUGUGGUUUGGCAUCCCCCACCCUGCCCCUCCUUUGGCCACCUGUUGUCUGCCCCUGAGAGUCAGCUCAAGGAUUCAGUGUCUUGCGUUGGGUGACUGUGAUGGCACAAUCUCCACAAGGCAGUUAGAAACCAGUCUCCAUUCAUUCACCUGGAAUCCCCCCCACCGCCCCCUGCCACCUCUGACCUCUGGGUUUGGGAGUGCCGCCCACUUUGGGAACAGCGGGGUGUGGCACCCGGCCCCCACUGCACCCCCGUGGCUGUCCGAGCAGCCUCCCUUUCUUUGAUACACGUUUUCAAAAAUGAAAAAUUCUUACUGACUACUUGUAACUUGGUUGUAUUUUAUAUUAACAGCCUUUAAUAAAGCCAUUUAAGAUUUG